AUGGAUGGAUUUGCCUUGCCUUGUACUAAUGAUUUCUUGAAAUACAGACUGUUUAACGUUAAGUUCAACAAUGUUUUAUCGGACACCUUUACACUGCAGCAGGGACUUCCCCAAGGAUCCGUCCUGAGUCCAACUCUGUUUUCUUUGUUUCUAGCCGGCAUUGAGAGGGUCAUUUCGAAGCGAUGUGAGGUAGGACUAUUCGCUGACGACAUUGUCUUAUGGUGCUCUGAUUCAGAUGUCAGCAAUAUCGAAAAUAACCGUAAUCUAACUUUAAUGGAAAUUCAGGAGUUUGCAAAGUGUAACAAAUUGACCUUUAUUCAUUCAAAAUCAUCUGUUAGUUUCUUCACAACUAACAAACGACUCUACAGAUUUCAACCCAAUAUCCUCCUGUAUGGCCAAACUCUACUUGUUGAAAAACACUCUAGUCACUUGGGCUUCAUUCUUGAUCCUGAAGUCACCAACAAUAAGCAUAUCAACAACUUAGUGUUGAAAAGUAGAAAGAGACUUAAAAUCUUAAAGUAUAUUGCUGGCCUUGGACACCAAAACAGAACAGCAGAUUAUCUACAAAGGUGGAGCAGCAACCAAGGACUAAAGAAGAAUAGCCCAUUUUGCCAGGCCGUAGUUAACAAAGUUCUAGCUGGAAAUGUUGAGGAUUGCCUUAAUAAACAACUUAUUGACCCAACUGAAGGACUUGCUGGUGUUUAUUUCCCCCAACACCUUUCAUCACAAGUUAACAAGAAAUUGGAUCGCCCGGUAUUGCUCAAACAACUUGCUUUGGAGGUUAUAAAUACUAUCCCCAAACACUCAAUACUGGUGUACACAGACGGAAGCAAGACGGACACAUCAUCAUCUGGCAGCGAUGUCUACAUUAAAUCAAUUAAUUACUCCUUUAACAUCACCAAAAGGAAUCCUGAUUACUGCUCAGUUUUUAGAAGUGAACUCAUUGCUAUUGAUACUGGCCUGGAUUCUCUUCUAACAAUACAGGAUCACAAUGAUAUCUGGAUACUCUCUGACAGUCUCAGUUCCAUACAGUACUUAUCGUAUUGGAGGAAGGUGAGAGACAAACCAGGAGCUUCAAUCCUGCACAAACUUGAAAUCCUUUCACGACUGCGUGAAGUCCACCUCCAGUGGAUCCCUUCUCACGUUGGGGUUCUGGGCAAUGAUAUCGCCGACACUCUGGCUAAAGAGGGGACAGAAGAAACUUGGAUGAGUCCAAAUUCAGUCACCUUCAUGGAACUGGCAUCGAAAGAGAAAAAACAAGACAAUGUUUCCUGGCUCGUAUUCCCCAAACAUCACUGGUACCAGAGCACUCGUUCAGGAGGUGCACUCAACAUUCGGUGCAACCGAUCAGACGGAGCUUACCAGCGGUCACCUAAAGUCUCUUUCUUUCGAGGGUAG